AUGGUCACCACGCGCAGCGGAGGAACCGCCCAAACUCACCUCGAAGACUUCACAGAUAGCAAGUCAUCGCCAACGAAAAAACCACGCACCGCAGCCGCCAAGGGGUCUAAAACUCAGGCAAAACCCUCCAGACCAGCUGCGAACACCUCAAAACCACGCGCAUCAUCUCCCACCCCGCCCAAGACAUCCCGCAAGCGCAAAGCCCCCGAUGACCCCACAGACGAACCAUCCUCGCCUCCGGCCAAAAAGCCGAAGACAACAAGGCCAUCCGCCUCGAAACCUUCAGCAAAGCAAGACGAGAAGGAGCAGGAUGAUAAGCCGGUCAUCAUAAACCGCGCACCGGUUCUCCAGCUGUGGGCAGCUUCCGUCACGCACCUGCUCCACCCUUCCUUUGCGUGGUCAACAUGUCUCUCCGCUGGCAGCGCCAUAUCAUCACUCUGCGCCAUCUCGAAAGGCCGGAGUAUCGGCACAAUCGAGCCUGCCAAAGAGACGGAAGAGAAAGCCGAGAGACGGAAGCGUGCUAAGAAGGAGCAGGAGGACCUGGAGGAGAUGGAAGUCAUGGGAUUCAAGCUGAAGGUGAAGAAUGGACUAGUCGUUGCGGGAAGUGACAAGAAGGGCAAGCCUGGCUCAGAGGCGUCGCUAAAGGCAAAGUUCGGAGACGAGGCAUACAAUAGGACAAAGGCUGCCUUUGAGAAGGCGUUGGAGGCAUGGAAGGGAGCUGAGGAAGAGCUGAACGAAAAGGCUUUUGGGUUUUAUGAGCGCUUCAGACCUGAAGUAAGCGCUGGUCAGAAGGGCUGGGGGAGGAAAGCGGAGUUGGAUCUUCAGAAGGUAGGGCGGGUUGCGGGGAGGUGA